CAGUUGCAUAUCUAAGUUAAUAUCUUAUCGUGACAAUGCAAAUAAAACCAAGUGGGACAGAACGCCUUCCUUAUAGAACCCAGACAUAACGAGCUACUGACAGAAGAUAGAACUACCAGCUAGACGACAUGUUGCUACCCAUUGUGCUCGCUCUCUGUACCCUUCCUUGUGUCAGAGGGUAUACAGUGACCAUUUACCCAGAGUAUUUGGUACAGCGAGGAAGAACCAACUUCGACCCUGACAGGUGGAAUGGUAAAAUGGGCCUGGAUAAUCCCAGCACUAUAGACAGCAUGAAAAAAACGGGAGCCCGCACUGGAAGAUGGCUGAAUUCAGAUUUAAGCUAUUUUGACAAGGUGACAGAAGAUCCACACCGAAAAGGGUACCCGAAUCCAGCGUUCUUCCAAAACAAGCAGCUUCAACACAAUUUAGUUGAGAAAUAUCUCGACAAUCUGAAUAGAUAUGGAAAACAGAGACCAAUCAUGCUUGAACUGAAAGGUAACUUAUGGCCUCACUGGAUGGACAAAUCUGCACAUAAGGGUCACUUUCCAAGCAAUCUUGAUGCUGCUGCGGAAACCAUAUCUCUACACGUCCAGGCAAUAUACAACGGUUCUAACGGCGCAGUCCCUCCAUAUUUUGAACCAAUCAAUGAGCCAAACACACUGUGGAAGUUGGAUGUCAAUUGGACAACCGUAGUGACUGUAUUCGAGCUUGUGGCCAAGAAGGUGAAAGCCAUAUAUCCCCAAAUAAAGAUAGGCGGGCCUGCCUUUACUGGUGGAAUAACCUAUUUUGAUAAACAGAACUUUCGUCAAUGGAGCUGGAUGACGCAAUUCAUGAACAUGUCCCUUGGCCUAUUGGACUUCUUUUCAUUCCAUCCUUUCAAUCACUUUGUCGUCCAGGGGAACAGAUAUCGGUUUUAUGGCCCAAAUGAGGCUAGGCUAGUUGGGACGGUGGACAUUGUGGAAACAUAUGCUAAUAUGAUGACUGGAAAAGAUGUUCCAAUCAUAUUCUCCGCUCAUGGUCUAGCAACGGUCACAGGCAUCGAUGUCCAGAAACCAUCGACCCUCUUGGACUGGGCUUACAUCAACCUUCACAACUCGAAUAUAUUCACCUUUCUUGAGCUUCGGUACGUGGUGGACAGGGCUGUGUCCUUCCUUCUUAGUUACAGCAACAGGCAAGGCCAAGAAAGCAUCAACUACAGUAUCCUGGACAAGAAUAAAAACGAGAGAGACAUAGCUCUGGCCUUCCACCUGUGGGACAACAUCACCAGCAGUAUGAAGUUCCUCAGAUCCGAGAGUCAGUUCCACCAGGCAGAGAGGCAGAUACAGAGUCAUGCCCUUGUGGAACCAAGUUCCAAAAUGCUAACCGUUCUGCUACACAACUAUGACACAGCCCAAGCUAAGGUCACACUGGCUUUUGACAAAGGAUGGGUAAGGUUGACCCACGGGACAUCAACCUGUCUGUACCUCAAUAACAGGAGGGCCACUCAACUGGAUAAGCAAGUACCUAUUCAUGUCAAUGGAAAUCAGGUGACUGUCCCUCCAGAAUCUUCAUGCUUCUUUCAGUUUCCCACAGGUCACACAUUUUCUCAUGUUCCCUUGGUCUAUGAAAGUGUGCAUUAUGGAGACGACAUGUUGGUUAUAAUAAACAGGAAAGCAGCUCACAUGAACAUCAUGCUCCACAGCAGUGAUCUUCAUCACAUUAUGGUAGCAAAACUCCGCAUUUCAGUAAGUUUCGUUGAUCAUUCUGCCAAGUAUAUUCCAGUUUCUGUAACUAUGAAUGGAGUAAAUCUCCACUCGUACUACAUUCUCCACAACCCAAGCAACAACGACACCGACAAUCUCUGGGCAACAAUAGAAUAUAAUGUUCCACCGACCAUCCUCAAGCAAAACGCCAAUGCUGUUCAGAUGCGCUUUGCUCAGGACCAAGGCCGGGUUGCUGCAAUUGCUUUAUCCCUGAGGAAAGGCCAAUGAACUCCCUUGGAUGCCAUAAUAACUGAUUUCAGCCCAUGAUGAAUGAGUUUCAAUAAAAUGUAAAUAAAAUUGUUGGCGACUUUCGGAAA